ACUCUCAGCAGCUGUCAGUGAGGAAAGAAGAGGUUCCCCCUGAGCAGCAGGAGAGGAGCCCAAGUCCAGACCAGGAGGACCCACCAGAACCACCACACAUCAAAGAGGAACAGGAGGAUCUGUGGAGCAUUCAGGAGGGAGACCAGCUUCAAGGACUGGAGGAGGAGGAUAUCAUCAAGUUCACCUUCACUCCCGUCCCUGAACGGCAUGUAGGAGAUUACGGAGAGACGCCUCCCUUCUCACAGCGCCAUGGAAACCAAACUGAAGGGAACAGAGACACAGAGGGUUUGAAAGCAGAAGCUGGAGGAGGAUCAGAACCAGACAGGAACUUUAAUCCAGGCAGUGAUUUAUUACCUCAUGAGGAGACGUCGCACUCCUUUGGAUCUAAGAUUUAUUAUCACUUUGAGGGGGGCAGUGAAGCUCAGUCAGGUUUCAACGCUCUGCAGAACAGCGAAGCAGGAGGGAAACCGUUCAGCUGUCGGGUUUGUGGGAAAAGAUAUCACCAGAAAAGGUCGUUAGCGAAUCACAUGAGGCUUCACUCCGAGGGGAAAUACUUCAGCUGUUCCAUCUGCAAGAAGACUUUCCCGUGGAGGAGAGACGUCGUGACUCACAUGAGGAUCCACACGGGAGAGAAACCUUUCAGCUGCUCCUUCUGUGGCGCCAGGUUCGCUCAGAGCUCCCACCUGACCUUACACCUGAGAGUCCACACGGGAGAGAAACCGUUCACCUGCUCCGUGUGCAACGCCAGCUUCAGCGUGCGGAAGAGCUUAGUGGAUCACAUGACGAUCCACACGGGGGAGAAACCGCACAACUGUUCCAUUUGUGGGAAGAGAUUCGCUCAGAACGGAGCGCUGAGGCGACACCUGGCCGUCCACACCGGGGAGAAACCGUUCAACUGCAGCGUCUGUGAGAAGAGAUUCACCCGGCUGGAACAUGUGAAGAACCACAAGUGUGCUGGAGAGAGCAGCGCGGACAAAUUCUGGAAGAAAUAUUAUCUAAACAUGUCUAAGAUCCAAGAUCUGAGAGGGUUAGUGAACCAGAGACUGACUGCAGCUGCUGAAGAGAUCUUUGAGCUGUUUGAAAGAACCAUAGCAGAGUACGAGGAGCAACUUAGAGGAUCUAAAGAGGAGCAACUCAAACUACUGGACUCUGUUUACAACCAGGAAGUCUUUUUUCACAGAGCAGCAGUGUUUCCUGCAGAUGUCCAGCAGCUGUUGGAGAGUAAAGAGGUUCCCUCUGAGCAGCAGGAGAGGAGCUCCAGUCCAGACCAGGAGGACCCUCAAGAUUCACCACACAAUAAAGCGGAACAGGAGGAACUUAGGAUCAGUCAGGAGGGAGACCACCUUCAAGGACUGGAGGAGGCUGAGACCACCAUGGUCAUAUUCACUCCUGUCCUUGUGAAGAGUGAAGAUGAUGAUGAAGAGGAACCUCAGUCCUCACAGCUGUCUCAAGUACAAACUGAAGAGAUGGAGACAGGAGCUGACGGAAAGGACUGUGGAGGACCAGGACCAGGCAGGAGCUGGAAUCCAGAGAGUGAGGUUAGGACUGAAGACUCUUUUGGGUUAGACUUUGUGAAGCAGGUAAAUAACGAAAGACCAGAGAGGGAGAAGAAACCACACCGCUGCUUUGAGUGUGGGAAAUCAUAUAAGAAGAAAGGACUGCUAGCUAAACACAGGAGAACUCACACAGGAGAGAAACCCUUCAGCUGCUCUCUGUGUGGGAAAAAGUUCACUCAGAGGCCAUAUCUGAAGCGUCACGAGAAGACUCACACAGGAGAGAAACUCUUCUGCUGCUCUCAGUGUGGGAAAAAGUUCACUCAGAGGACAUAUCUGAAGCGUCACCAGAGGGUUCACACAGGAGAGAAACCCUUCAGCUGCUCCGUCUGCGGGAGGGGAUUCCCCCACAUGGAAGCUCUGCGCAGACACGCGGCAGGUCACGUGGAGAAGUCCUUCGUUCAAGGUGAAAAGCCGUCUCAGCAGACACAUGAUCGUUCACACCAGAGGGAAACCGACGAGCUGAUCUGAGCAGGCUCACAGUUUACUCUCAAAGGGAAUCUGAGCUUCUGGAUUUAAGUUUUAUGAGUAUGCAGUUCAGUUAGUCACAGUACGUCAGGUUAGGAGACACCUUAGAGCUGCACACGUGUGUCAGACUCACCACUUUCACAUCUCAUAUCACAAAAAGAGAUCCGAUCACGUCUCAGCAUUUGAACCUGAGUGAUGAACAAAAAACACAGCCAGAGUAUUAUCAUUGUUUUAUUUAUCUUUAUUUCAGCAGGGAGGACCCGCUGAGACCGAGGUCUACAGAGGUGCCCUGCAGCAACACAAUCAGAACAACAAAAAACAACACUUCCUGGUUAUCUGGCUUCACUAACCCUGAAACAGGAAGUGGCUUUAUUAACGUGAUAAACCCACAGAGUUACUGUGAGAGUGUUUACAUGAACUGUACGAUGUAAACAACAUAUAUAAACACAAUUCAAAGAGAUAUGCGUUCAUCAUUAUAGAACUAACAUCCCUGAGGUUAACCUUUAGAGAGUCACUCCACAGCUCUGAGUGUGGUGAUGCAUUCAGGGGACCUGGAAACAGUGGGACGUCCCCACUCUGCAACUUUUUAUCCUGAAAUCAGAUUUGGACUUUUUUCCUCAACAUUCACAAUCAACUGUUUUUUUUAACCGUAAUUUAAAUUUGAGAAGAAAUUCAAAAUGUUGAUGUGAAACUCAACAUUUAAACUUUUCUUGAAUAGCAACUAUUUCAACAUCUCCUACAAACACUCUGUAGUUGUUUCAUUUCUCCUCAUCAGAACUGUAUUAGUAGUAGUAUGACAUGUAGUUUAGAAGUAGAAGGCUUAACUAACUCUCUUACUUCCCUCUAUCCCUCUCUCCAACACGGUCUCAGCAGAUGUGUGUCUAACAUGAGUCUGGUCCUGCUGGAGGUUUCUGCCUGUUAAAGGAAGUUUGUCCUU